AUGUCCGUAAAAGUCCAAGCCGAGUCGGUUCUGUAUGUAGUGGGCCUGGUGGGCAUGCUAGGGACCUGGGGCCGUUCCGCGCUCGACGGCUCCACUGCGCUUCUGUUACGGGCGCUGGAUGGCUCUAAGCCCUACAUCCUUCCCGGAACGGAGGCCACUCUGCGCAGCACCUUCACUGGCAUUCGCUACCCACUCGAUUGCACUCUUUCAGUGCUAAUUGCUUUCUGGUACGAGGCUGUCGAUGGCUCUCACCCUGCUGCCUCAGCAGUGAUUCUCUAUUUCCUCGGACAGCUGUUGCCGUGCAUUGCCAUCGCCUACGUAAAUGGUCUCCGGGGGCCGAAGCCGAGCCUUCUGAAGCCGACCCUCUGGCUACUACUCUUCCAAGGCUGCACCAUAGGCUCGACCGGCUUCCUAUGGGCCCUGAACUACAUCGCUACCUCUCCCACCGUCCGCCUCCCCAAGCAGACCAAUCUCAACACCCUCCAGCAUGCCUCCACCAUUUCAUCCUUCGCACCGCUGGUGAAACACCUCCUCUUUCCCGCCAUCGUUCUCAGCUAUCUUGUCCCCGCCGCCCUCAUGACCCUUCCCGUGGCCAGAACAAUCAGCAACAGCAGCAACUUCCACCAACUCGCCAUCGUCGCCUGGAACAUCUAUCCCCUGCUGACACUCGCAUCACUAUACACCCUACGACCUUUCCUUAAGCUCAUCGCCCCUGCGGAUACCACCCAAACGACCCCAGCAACCUCCAAAAAGAACGAAGCACACAUCCACGCCAUCCGAGCAGCCACCAUCCCCGCCCUCCUCUUCAGCACACUCAUGCACAUCUCUACCGUAGCUGUCUCUAUCACCACCGUUCUCUUCCCGACUCUGUUCCAACCUGCCUACCGCAGGGAACUGCACCCGACCGCUAUCUUCAUCCCACCCUUGGCCAUCGGCCCACAAGCCAAAUCACCCGGCGACGGAGUGCGUGGGUUCUUGCUCUGGGACCAGGUAGCCGGGUACUCGACGGUCAUGAUUGUGGUGAUGCUGGAACUGCGGAGUGCGUGGGCGGCGAAGGGGUGGGAGUUUCGCUGGCAGAGGAUGAUUCCUGUCGCGCUGGGAGGGUCGUUGUUGCUGGGUCCGGGGACUGUAUGCUUGCUUGGGAGCUGGAUGCGGGAUGAAGUCUUGUUUGGGGGCUGGGGUCAGGAGUUUAAGCAGGUGAGGAAGGUGGGGUGA